CUCCCAAUCACCCGGCACCCUUGCACCUCCGACAUGGAUGCUAGAAUCGAGCAUAUAUUUCAACCCCCAGAAAGGGAACUACAACUGGACAAGACAAUCAUGCAGCAUAGCGCCCAGCACCCAGCCCGUAGACCGUGGCAAAUAUUCAAUCCCCACGCACAACAAAAGAGCAGCAAUAAAGCAAACGCUCAAAAACUCAAGCCCGAAGGCUUCGAUAGACACUCCGAUAGGGGGAAUCGAACCCCCGGCUGCCGUGCACCAGGCAAAUUGAGAGACGGCGAUGUUAGCCACUACACCAUAUCGGAUGUUGUAUGAAAAGAGCCUGUCUGAAAAGACGCUAUGAGCCAGGACAAAGCCCGAGGGGGAAGAGGCAAAACAUGAACCGAUACAGCAAAAGAGAAUGUGCUCCGAUAGGGGGAAUCGAACCCCCGGCUGCCGUGUGAGAGACGGCGAUGUUAGCCACUACACCAUAUCGGAUGUUG